AUGGAUUAGAAUAAUUCUGAGGUAAAUCAUCAGAAUCAUUAUAGCAUUAUGAAUUCUGUAAUAGUAAUCUCGUGAUUGAAGAAAUUCCAGAAGACAUUGAAAACUACAAAAUUGUUAAUUAGGAAGCAGCUGAUGAAAAUAAAAUCAAGGUGACUCUUGUAAUGUAUAGUCUUAACUACAAUCUUAGGUAAACAACCAGAAACUCAAACAAGAAUUCUUAAACGCAGAUAACUUCUCAGCUUUUACUUAAGUUCUCGUAGUUUCCACUAUCAGCCAUAAUUCAUAAUACGAUGAUCCUUUCUUCCACUAUAUACUUAUGAUGACAAAGUAUAUUCGAAAGGCACUCAAAAGAAUGCUGAUACCAUCAUGCAUUAAAUCCAAAGAGGAGUUUAUUGUAUUGUUAAUCUAAUUUAGAGAUCAAACAAAAUAAUUUGUUUCAAUGUUUCUACCAAGAUAUUAAUAUUGGAUUUAUCACCUCAACUGGAUAAAUCAAAUCUACUGGAUUUAUAUAUGUCCAUAAAACAAUUAGAGAUUCUCUAAUAAAGAAAAUUGUUAUUGAUCAAAAAUAAGAAAGAAUUAGAUUGUUAAUGCAUUUCUUUAAAAUUGAAAAUAUUAUCAAGAUACCAUAUGUAUAAUAAGAUUACAAAAACUAAUUCUUAAAAACAAAUAAAUUUAAAAAUGAAUUCUUAAUUUUAAGUGAAGAAAUAGAAAAUCAUUAAUCUUUAUUUCAAGUUUAUAAAUUAGUAGAUGAUUAAAUUUAUUAUGUUAAAAGAGUAAUCAAAUCUUUUUAUAUUUUUAGAUACAUUUAAGAGCUAAUUUUAUUUCAUCAUUCAUGAGUGUUUUUAAGACAAAGGAUGUUUACAUAAAUAUUGCUAAAAUUUUAACUUCUCUUUCGCAUCCUAAUGUAAUUAGAUUGUAUGAUUGGUGGAUAGAAAUAUUGAAUUUUUAACCUUAUUUAUUUAUGCAGAUUGAAUUUUGCAUAUAUCCUAGAUAUAUAUGUUAAGCUAAAAAUUUGUUAAGUUAUUCCUAUUUUUAUUUGAAUCCAAUGCCACAUAAAUAAAAAUAGAAGCACAUUCAAGAUAUUAUUUUUUAAAUAAUUUAAGGUUUAGAAGUUCUAAAAUUAAGAAAGAUUCAUCUAAUAGAUUUAAAACCUGAAAAUAUAAUGGUAACAAUAACUGUUACUGGAGAUUUAUAAGUAAUGAUAUUUUUGUAAUUUAGGUUGUUCUUGCUGACUUUAAUCCUUAAAUAAGCAAUCAACAAUAAUAAAGCUAUUUAGAAUAAACAUUCUAAGCUUUAGGCACAUUAAUUAUGCAUUUAAUUUUAACAUUUCCUGGAGAUGCUACUCUAAGAGACAAUUAUAUAAAUCAAUUCAAAAAUUUAAAAUUUGAGGAAUCAUUUAAUCUUUUGGAUUCUUUAGCAUAGAAGGUUAAAAAUAGAAAUCGUGAAUUUUCAUUUCAAAAUUAUAAAAAUUUGCUUUAAAUAGCUAAAUCCAUAUUUACAAAAUAAACUUUUCAUGAUUUCCAUGAAUUGAAAACCUCUUUUGAAAAAAUCAAUUGA